ACUGCGAUCGCUCCUCUCCCCCCCAAAUCCACGGAGGGAAUCGCCGAGUUCGAUCGCGAAACCCGAUGGAGCCGAGCCGCUCGAUCCAGAUUUAGCGGCGGCCCGCAUCUCCGAGGAGGGAUCGGGGACUCCUCCUCCCGCCGGCCGGCGUGCUUCCGCGACGUCGAUCUUCUCCCUGCCGUCGUCGCCGAAUUCCGCGAGCUGAUCUUGGCACGUUCGAGUCUCAGUUGCGUUCGGUAAUGGCCUCGGGCUGCCGCUAUGGAUUACGUCGCAUCGCGUGAUCAUGGUGUACUGUGAAUGCCAGGGCUGUUGAUGUGUCUGGACUGGCUGCUCAGAGUCUGGGGCGCUUGCUUUUUAGUUGGUAAUUGGAGAUGGCAUGGUUCAGUGGGAGGGUCUCAUUGGGGAACUUCCCCGAUUUAGCGGGUGCGGUGAAUAAGCUCAGCGAGAGUGUGAAGAACAUUGAGAAGAAUUUCGACAGUGCUUUGGGAUACGAGGAGAAGUCGGAGUCGAGCAAUGAAGGUCCAUCAGCCUCAGGUAUGUGGACAUCAGCCACUGACGGAAAGGCAUUAUUUGAACCUGUCAUCUCUUUUAUGGGGCAAAGAAGUGAGGAUGCCACUGUAGAAUCACCAAAACAAUCAGGAUCUCCAGAGCAUCCAUCUAAAGGUGAGGAGGAAGAGACAGCUGAAAUUGAUGGGUCGCGGGAUAGACAGGUGGAAAAUACUGUGCUUGCUGAAGACAUAAAGGAAGAGCCCAAGCUGAAGAAGCAUGAUGAACAUUCAGAGACAAUGGAGGAAACAGAAAAGGCAACAUCAGAUCAUGAAGAAGUUGUAUCUGUAUCAGCACCGCCACAUGAUGAACUGCAUAAUGCUGAGAAUCUUGAGACAUCAAAAGCAGUUGAUAAUGUAGAACAGAAGGAGAGCCUAGAAACAAAUGCUUCUGGAAGUCCAGUAAGGGCAGAAGCCAUAGUGGAAAACCUGGAAGCAGAUCAAGCUGAGGGUAGUCCUCCUGUAGCAGAUGAAUCAUCUGAGGCUGUUGAUUUGCAUGAGGUUGUUGCCACAGAUACAACACGGGCAGAAGAUAUUAUGGAGAAGAAUUCGUUAGAUCAAUCAGGGACAAUUGAUACCCCUGCGAAAGGUGGGCCUGAGCUAUCUGGCUUGCCAAUUGUAUCUGCAGACGAGUCUGGUAGUGCUGGUGAAAUUUCCAGGGAUUACUCACCUAAUGUACUUGCUUCAGAAGACAGUUCACAGAUGUUCUCUCAUGAUAAGGAUGGGAUUGUUCCAAUGGCUGAAACUAUGCCUGAGAAACCAUCUGAAGUUGAUGAUUCAGUUGAAGUGAUUCAACAACUGAAUAGUGCUCACGCUCAUGAAGCUGACGUCCAAGAACAACGUUUAAGCUCAGUUUCAAAUGUUUCUGACACUUCAGAUGCUGCACAAGAAUUAGAGACGGUGAAAAGGGAGAUGAAGAUGAUGGAGACAGCAUUGCAAGGUGCUGCAAGGCAAGCUCAGGCAAAAGCAGAUGAGAUUGCAAAGUUGAUGAAUGAAAAUGAGCAAUUAAAAGCUCUUGUUGAUGAUCUAAAGAGGAAAUCAAAUGAUGCUGAAGUUGAGACUUUGCGAGAGGAAUACCACCAACGUGUUGCAACUCUCGAAAGAAAGGUCUAUGCUUUGACUAAAGAAAGAGAUACUCUUAGGAGAGAGCAGAGCAAAAAAAGUGAUGCUGCCGCUCUUCUCAAGGAAAAAGAUGAAAUUAUCAAUCAAGUUAUGGCUGAAGGUGAAGAGCUUUCCAAAAAACAAGCUGCUCAAGAAUCUACAAUCAGAAAAUUAAGGGCUCAGAUCCGAGAGUUUGAAGAAGAGAAGAAAGGAUUGACUACAAAGCUUCAGGUAGAAGAAAACAAAGCAGAAAUCUUAAAGAGGGACAAGGCAGCAACAGAGAAAUUGCUACAAGAGACAAUGGAAAAGCACCAAACUGAAUUGUCUGCGCAAAAAGAAUUUUAUACUAGUGCUCUUAAUGCGGCCAAGGAGGCUGAAGCCUUGGCUGAGACCCGUGCUAACAGUGAAGCCAGGAUUGAAUUGGAGAGUCGCCUGAGAGAGGCUGAGGAACGUGAAGCUAUGCUAGUUCAGACACUGGAGGAAUUAAGGCAGACUUUAAGUAGAAAGGAACAGCAGUUAGUUUUCAGAGAAGACAUGCUUCGCAGGGAUAUUGAAGAUCUCCAGAAACGCUACCAAGAAAGUGAACGACGAUGCGAGGAAUUGAUUUCACAAGUUCCUGAAUCUACAAGGCCUCUAUUAAGGCAGAUUGAAGCUAUACAGGAAGCAGCUUCCAGGAAAGCAGAGGCAUGGGCUGCUGUUGAGAGGUCCUUGAAUUCUCGUCUUCAGGAGGAAGAAGCCAAAGCUGCAGCUGCUGAGGAGAGAGCCAGAUCUAUAAAUGAGCGUUUAUCCCAGACCUUGUCGCGGAUUAAUGUGCUGGAAGCUCAGAUUUCCUGCCUACGAGCUGAGCAGACUCAGCAAAGUAGGUCCCUUGAAAAGGAGAGGCAGAGAGCGGCUGAAAAUAGGCAGGAAUUCCUUGCAGCAAAGGAGGAAGCAGAUACUCUAGAAGGUCGUGCAACCCAGCUUGAAGAGGAAAUAAGGGAAUUGAAACGUAAACACAAACAAGAGUUGCAAGAGGCUCUAAUGCAUAGGGAACUUUUACAACAGGAAUUGGAAAGGGAGAAAACUGCCCGUCUGGAAUUGGAAAGGACAUCACGUAUUCCUCCUAGUGCCAUAUCUGAUCCGAAAGCAAAGCCUGGUCUUGACAAUGGAAUUUUGACCAGAAAGCUUUCAAGCGCCAGCAGCCUGGGCAGCAUGGAGGAGAGUGAUUUCCUACGAGCAUCUUUGGACUCAUCUGAUAGUAUGUCCGAGAGGAGAAAUGCUGGGGAGACUAGUAUGAAUCCAUACUACAUGAAGAGCAUGACACCCAGUGCUUUUGAAGCUACCCUUCGUCAGAAGGAGGGUGAGCUUGCAUCAUACAUGUCUCGUCUGGCAUCGAUGGAAUCUAUUCGCGAUUCUCUUGCUGAAGAAUUAGUAAAUUUGACAGCACAGUGUGAAAAGUUACGUUCAGAGGCAGCAACAGUCCCUGGGAUUCGAGCAGAGCUUGAAGCACUGAGGCGGCGGCACUCUGCUGCACUGGAGCUUAUGGGUGAACGUGACGAGGAGCUGGAGGAGCUUCGCGCUGAUAUUGUGGAUUUGAAAGAGAUGUACAGGGAGCAAGUGAACUUGCUUGUGAAUCAGAUCCAGACAUUGGGUUCAUCGAUGCGUGCCGCUUGAUAUCUCAAUUGGGACAUCCCGUUCUCAUCCAUUGGCUCCACGGGAGAGAAAAUCUGUGGAGCGAUCUUCUGAUGAGAAGUGUCUUGAGACUGCAAGCGUGCAGUCGGGAUUUACUCCUGUAUAGAGGAAAAGUGACAGAUUUCCGUAGACUAAAGCAAUGUGUAAUUGAAGUUACGGAGUGUACGAUUUUUCUUGUUUCCUAGAAGACUUCUGAUUGAUUUCCCAAUUUUGCGAGAGUAAUAACUUUGUCGCUCAUAAUUUUUUGCGUCGAAAUGAACCAAUGCCGAUGAAACAUAAUCGUGCAAGUGUAUUGCUGUGUGAUAGGGAGUGUGUGUCGAGAAAGUGUAUUCGUUCAUUGUCUAGUUGAUGGGAGAUGCUUCUUAAUCGAACAUCGGCUAACUGAGUAAUUAAGGAAAUUUUGCAACUUUAAA